AUGCCACCGUGGACCAGCAGGGAUGUGCUCCAUGUAGGGCUCCCUGUGCUUGUCAUGCUGGUUACGAUGCUGAGCGUGGCCUGCCAGCGCGCAAUGCGGCGGGGUGUGCGGCGGGGUGUGCAGCAGGGAUUCGAUGCGCCAGUUGACGAGGUCCGGGGCAUGGAAAGUAGUGCGAUGGCGUAUGCAGCGGUGCAGGUAGUGCAAGAGUACGACCAGUAUGUGGCCCGUGUACGCCCAUUUGCUGCGCAGGCACGGCUGGAUCUUGUGCUUGCGUCGGCGCUGUGUACAUUGCACCUUGCCGGGAUGUGGCACAAUGCGCGUGGGGAGAUGGUGUGGCUUGUCUACUGGCUUUUCACGGCGCUCGUCGCGGCGCACACGCUUGUGGCACAAACGACACACCUGCUCUACAAACUAGUACUUACAAGUUUCUACUUGGUGGUGAUGCUCGCCGAUGUACGUACUGCGCUGCUUGCAGAUGCUGCGCCACUACGCACCGUGGUGCAGUGUGUGCUUGCCACGUUUCUCGAGGCAUCGUGUCUCUUUUGCAAGACUGUAUCGCCACUCCCAAGCAGUUUGGCGAGCCUCGCGCACACGCACGAAACUCUGCACGCUUCUGCGCCGCACAUCCGCGCGCCACUGAACUUGUAUGCGUCGCCAUUUUCGCGCGCCACCUAUCUGUUCAUGACUCCGUUUAUCUAUGCACAAUACUGGCAGCACACAGUGAUUGAGGCAGUUCCGCAGCUCCUGCCCAAGUUUCGCGCAGCAGUCAUUGCUGCAUGCACGCGAUCCGAGGACGUGCGUGUAGAGGCUGAGCGUGCGGCGCGCCAUGAGGCGCCCGAGACGCUCUUGCGCCGGAUGCUGCGCACGGCAUUUCCUCUCCUGGCCGCACAAUUCUGUUUCCAAUCGGCCCGCGUCGUGUUUCGCAUGGGCCCUAUUGUGCUUCUGUCCUACCUGCUUUCGUUCGCCCAGGAACGCGACGCGGCAAAGAGGAACGGCGCACCGGUGCCGCCUUUGCAAAAUGGCGUGCUCCUUGCCGCUGCCAUUUUUGUAGCGCAGUGCUGCGAAUUCGUCACUGAUGCAAACGGGCUGCAGACGGGGCGGCAAACGGCGAUGCAUUUGCGUACGUUGCUCGUGACCGAUAUUGUCAGCAAGAUCCUCCGUCGGCGCUUGCAUACUGCUGCUGCCGAGCACAACGCAGCGCUUAGUGAUGGACACAUUUCCAACUUGGUGGCCGUUGACGUGUUCAAGAUCGACUCGUUGGUCGCGAUGGUGCACCAACCGCUGGUGGAGUACCCAUUGACCAUCGUAUUCUGUAUCCUGCUCCUCUUCCGCACGCUUGGCGUCUCGGCCAUUGUAGGCCUUUCGCUCCUGCUCAUAUUCACGCCGCUCCAAACGCGUCUUUCGCGCGCCAUGGUACGCCUCCAAGAAGCCAUUCUCCACGCCACCGACGCUCGCUUGAAUUUGAUAAGCGAAGUGCUGGGAAGCAUCAAGACGGUGAAAUUCUUUGCGUGGGAGAAGCCGACCCUUGUUCGAUUGUUUGAGACGCGCGCCCAGGAGUUGAAAAUGUUGUACCGCGAUAACAUUGUGUCGGUACUGAGUAGCCUUAUUUUUGUGGGCACGCCCAUGAUCGUCACGCUUGUCACAUUUGGCAUGUAUACCAUGGUAUUGGGCCACACACUCACGCCCCAAAAAGCAUUUACUUCACUCGCUAUUUUUGCUACGCUGCGCAUGCCGCUCAGUGACUUUCCAGAGAUGCUGGUCACGACACUCAACGCGCUCGUUUCCGUGCGCCGCAUCAAUGCAUUCUUGCAGUCACCCGAAACGGACAAGUACGUGGGAGACACGGGCGGCGUAGAAAAUGGGCUGGGCUUCGAGCAUGCCUCGUUUACGUACAUGCCCGCGCCUGGCGCUCCGCCGCCGCGCUUCCAGCUGCACGACAUCACUUGCACGUUCCCUGUGGGCAAGAUUAGCAUUGUGGUGGGGCCGAUCGGUUCGGGCAAGACGUCUCUGCUGCUCGCAUUGCUCGGAGAGCUUGCGUGUACUGGCGGUAAGGUGCACAUGCCGCGCAGUCCAGCUCGCUCCUUGCUUCCAACGGAUCCCUGCACGGGUUUGCAGGAAUCGGUGGCGUAUUGCAGCCAAAGUGCAUGGCUGCUGGGCACGACCAUCCGCGAAAAUAUCCUGUUUGGGUCGCCAUUUGACGAGCAGCGGUACAUGGAAGUGCUGUAUGCCACCGCACUCUUUCCAGAUCUCGAUAUUCUCGAGUUCCUUGACGAGACGGAGGUGGGCGAAAAAGGUACUGCGCUCUCCGGCGGCCAAAAGGCGCGCGUUGCGCUCGCCCGCGCUUUGUAUUCUCGCGCCAAGCACAUUUUGGUGGAUGAUGCAUUAUCUGCCGUAGAUGCAGACACCGCACAGCACCUUGCCCAGCAUGCAUUUUGUGGAAGUAUCGCAGAAGGACGUACCAUCAUCCUGGUGACGCAUGCCGUGGCACUGAUGCGGCCAUUGGCGGAUAAUGUGAUUGUGAUGCACGAAGGACGUGCACGCGUCGCAAAAAGAUCGGAUGCUGCGCCAGGCAAGGCGCCGCACACGACCACCACCGUGGUAAAGGCCCAAGCAGGACUGCAUUGGACCGCAGCAAAAAAAGAGCAGCUCGCGAAAAAUGUGCACGCAAAUGCAGAGCGCACUCAUCGAGCCACGACGGGGCGGGACUUGUACAUGAUUUAUGUCCGCUCCGUCGCGCCAACAUGGACGCAGGCACUCUUGGUGUGGCUCUUUUUGCUGGGCCUCUAUGUCAUUGUUAGGGCUACAGACGUCAGCAGCAGUUCUUGGCUCAAAAAAUGGGUGAGUACGUACGCUGAGGGCGCCACAGGCAGCGACCAAACGCUCUAUUACUUGCUUGGUUAUAUUGGCAUGAUCGUGCUCCUCAUCUCCUUGUUUGGAUUGCGCGACUAUUUCCAGUUUCAGAUCGCGAUGCGCUCCUCCACGCGAUUGUAUUCUCAGGUGAUUAAGAGUAUCUUGUACGCAACGCCGCGCUUCUUUGAUACCACACCGGCGGGGCGGAUUUUGAACCGUCUUUCCAAGGAUGUGGAGACCAUCGACCAGGAAAUCACGCCUUCCUUGCGCAUGCUCACCGACGCAGUCGUGACGCUUGUUGCUAUCCUGGGCGUGAUUUGCUAUGCGACACCCCAAUUUCUCUACCUCGUCUCUUUUGUUGUCCUGAUUUACUAUGCGAUCGGUGCUCUGUAUCUUGGUUCGUCGCGUGAUUUGAAGCGCAUCGAGAGUGUGCAGCGCUCGCCGUUAUUUACCUUGCUUGGCGAGACGCUCUCGGGGACCGUCACGAUUCGUGCGUAUGGCGACUCGCAAAGGGUCAUUUUACAUUGCUUGGAGCUGCUGGAUAAUGCUAACCGCGCAUUUCUGUACCUAUGGUAUGAGAAUCGGUGGCUCAGCUUCCUUGUGGAUUGCAUGGGGGCUUUUGUGACGCUCACAACUUCGCUUCUCUUGCUGGUAACCGAUGCGGAUGCCGCACUCAUGGGUUUUACUCUGUCAUACUCCGUCUUGAUUGUGCAGACUAUUUUACGCAUUGUCCGCCGGUACACCAUGACUGAAAUAACGCUCAACUCGGUCGAGCGGAUGGAAGAAUACAUUCGCUUGCCGCUGGAAAACCAAGGUGGCGUGCAUCCUCCAGCGCAUUGGCCGACCGAUACGGGCUUGAUUGAAGUGAAGAAUUUGUGUGUUCGCUAUGCGCCGGAAUUUCCACUUGCGUUGGACCAUGUUUCGUUCGCCAUUCACCCAAGUGAGAAAGUAGGCAUUGUCGGUCGUACGGGGAGUGGCAAGUCUACCCUCUCGCUCUGCUUCUUUCGGUUCCUGGAAGCAGAGAAGGGUUCCAUUGUGAUUGACGGGAUCGACAUUGCUGCUGUCACGCUUGAAUCGCUGCGCAAACGUCUAACUAUUAUCCCGCAAGAAUCGCAGCUGUUUCAAGGUAGCGUGCGGAGUAACUUGGAUCCAUUUGCUGUUUACGAUGAUGGAGACAUGUGGUUUGUUUUGCAAAGCUGCCAAAUGGCACAAGGCACUUUUAGAGGCGCAUUUAUUCCCUCUGCGAACUCACUUGUCAAGUCGCUCGAUGAUCCUGUCGAGCAAGGUGGCACAAACUUCAGUGCCGGCCAGCGCCAGCUCUUGUCGUUGGCGCGCGGCAUGCUAAAAUUGCGUGAUAGCCGCAUCCUGAUUCUUGACGAGAGCACAGCAAAUCUUGACGCCGAGUCUGAUGCACGUAUUCAAAAGAUUCUCCGCGGAGAAAUGGCGCCGGGCUCGACUAUACUUACCAUCGCGCACAGACUGAAAACCAUUAUUGACUACGACAAGGUCCUUGUUCUGGACCGCGGCCGUAUUGCCGAGUACGAUUCGCCUGCAAAGCUUUUGCGUGACUCUACCACCAUGUUCUAUUCAUUGUGUCAACAAAGCGGCGACUUUGAUAUGUUGUACAAAAUGGCCUGCUCAAGUAUCCCGUAA